ACUGCUGUUUUCCCGAAGCCAGUGUUAACAUUGAUGCUGCAGCCAAGCCACUGUGAACCCCUUAGUCUCUGUAGUUUGAGACUUAUGACAAGAAAUGAGACACUGCAGACCCAGAACACAUCAUGAGCAUCCAGAAUCUGGGUGGAGCCAUAGGAGAGUCCCUGGGCUCUAGCCUGACAGUGCGAAUGAGUGGGGCAGGUGGUGGUUGGAGUGCUCUCUCCCUGAAACCUGCAACCUCAGUUCGUAUCGCCUCAAUUUUCCAAACGAUGGUCCCAACUGGUUAUACCAAGCUACAGGAGGAGCGACAGGCCAUGGUUGAUCUGGGAGCUAAGCCUGAGUCUGGCUCGCUGCAGAAUGGUUACAGGCAAGAGGCUUCUCAUGUUGAAGGCAGACGGAUCCUUGAUCGGGCUUCUCGGUCCUCUGUAACUUUAUCUGACUGUGGUGAUGGAGGCUACACUGAGACUGAACCCAUGCUAGCUGAGGAGAGACUGUCUGGGGAGGAAGCAAGUAACGAAGAGGAAGAUGAUGAAGGAUCAGACAGGCUGAAUGUGCCAAAGGAGUCGGCGAUUUCUAUGGCUUUGCAGAUUGUGGUGCCUUUUCUUUUAGCCGGAUUUGGAACGGUGUCUGCUGGAAUGGUGCUGGAUAUUGUUCAGGUAAAUGUUGGUAAGAUGGACUCUCCCAUAGAGAAGUGGAAUCUAAUCAUUGGCAAUUUGGCACUCAAGCAGGUCCAGGCCACUGUGGUUGGUUUUCUGGCAGCUGUAGCAGCCGUGGUGCUUGGUUGGAUCCCGGAAGGGAAGUUUCAGAUGAGCCAUGCUGUUUUGCUGUGCUCAAGCAGCGUGGCCACGGCCUUCAUAGCCUCCCUGCUGCAGGGUAUCAUCAUGGUUGGAGUAAUUGUGGGUUCCAAGAAGACGGGGAUCAAUCCAGACAACGUAGCCACGCCCAUCGCAGCCAGUUUUGGUGACCUCAUUACUUUGGCAAUCCUUGCCUGGAUAAGCCAGGGCCUCUACAAAUGCCUGGACUCAUAUCCGUAUGUGUCAUCAUUGGUUUGUGCCUUCUUCAUGUGUCUGACUCCACUGUGGAUCGUCAUCUCCUCCAAACACCCAGCCAGCCGCACCUUGCUCUACUCCGGGUGGGAGCCAGUCAUCACCGCCAUGUUCAUCAGCAGCAUUGGAGGGCUCAUCCUGGACAAAACUGUGUCUGACCCAAACCUAGCUGGAAUUGUAGUGUACUCUCCAGUUAUCAACGGUAUUGGAGGAAACCUGGUGGCCAUUCAGUCCAGCAGGAUCUCCACUCACCUACAUUUACACUGCGCUCCUGGGGAAGUUCCUGACGAGGCCAAGGGCUGCUACUACCCCUGCCGCACAUUCUGUGGCACAGGAGCAAAUCAUCGCUCUGCUCAAGUACUCCUGCUUGUACUGAUCCCUGGCCAACUAAUCUUUUUGUACACGAUCCACGUCAUGAAAAGUGGCCACACUACCUUGACACCCAUCUUUAUGUCGGUGUACCUGGCUGCUGCUUUGCUUCAGGUGCUGCUGCUGCUGUGUAUAGCAGAUUGGAUGGUUCACUCAAUGUGGCGAAACGGCAAAGAUCCGGACAGUUUUUCCAUCCCUUACCUGACUGCUCUUGGAGAUCUGUUGGGCACAGCCCUCCUCGCCAUCAGCUUCCACUUCCUGUGGCUCAUAGGCGACCAAGACAGCGACGUGGGUGACUGAAGAGGCCUCGAAGAASAGAUUUGUGGGAAUGUGGGUGUUUUUUGGUCUCACUGACCAGCACAUUGGACGAGUCUCGAACGAGAUGAGAUAGAAACUAUUUUUGGCUAAUGCCUUUUUUUUUAAACAUACAGAAGGCAUUAUGAUCUUUAACUUGAGACUGUUCUCAGUAGCUUUUCUGAUCUGAAUCUUUUGCACCAAAGCAUUAGGAUAUUCUAUGCUGGUUUGUUAAAAGGAGCAAGUGCCCAGGACCCCCUUGAAUAUGAUGUUGCAAUCUCAGUGGGGUCUUAAUCUGGUUAAAUAAAGGAAAAUGAAUGAACGAAAACAUCAACCACAAUCCAUAAGACUGAUCCAUCCCACUGGUGUGAAACAGGAUGUCUUCUGUCCAAGCAUCAGCUGAAGGUCAUUUCCUGAAAUAACUUUAUUCAUGUUGGGUUCUAUGUUUUAAAAUUUGCCCUCUGCCGUCAUGAUUUGUGUAGUUUUGUCUUCAGUUAGUCGGCUGGGCACAGACAAGAGCAGAAGAACAGGAAAAACUCAUUUUGUUUUAAAUUAAUUGUUAAACAUUCCUCCAAGCACCACAGCUUAAAAUGAAGUACAUAAGUUUGUAUUAAUGAUAUGAAGACUUUGAAGUUUUUGUUCUUUUUUUUUUUCUGUUUCACAUUCUCUUUGUUCUUAUCUGCAAACAUUGUCACACCAGGCUGCUUCAAAGUGUUUAUAGGGGGAAAAAAAGUGUGCCUGCUGAAACAAAUAAAAAAAAGGUUUUGUCAUUUUGAAGUUCA